GUAAGACCAGUUCCAUUUCGAGCAAUGAUUUCCUGUAUUUCUUCAUCAUGGAGGAUUCUAUUACGUGUAUGGGAUCUGAAGGAAUAGAUAUGGGGAAGAGAGCAGAAACGAGAAGUGAAGGAGAUGGCACCGAUCCACAAGCAUCGCCCAACCAGCGGCCAAACACAUGCUGCUUCUGCUGGUGCUGCUGCUGCAGUUGUUCCUGUCUCUCUGCCAGGAAAGAAGAGCGUGAGGAGACAGCAGGAAGACCCACUGAAGAAACAAAGAUGGAGAGCACUGUGGAGACCAUUGAAUCUAAUGAAGAGAGCAAUGCUCUGCCGUCACUGGAGGAGAUCACAUCCUGGACACAGGGUUUUGACAAGGUGAUGAGGACUGAAGCUGGCAGGAACAUUUUCCGUGAGUUCCUGAGGUCAGAGUACAGUGAGGAGAACAUGCUCUUUUGGCUGGCAUGUGAAGAUUUCAAAAAGGAAAAGAACUCAAAGGUAGUUGCAGAAAGAGCAAGGACAAUAUAUGAAGACUACAUUUCAAUACUGUCUCCAAGAGAGGUGAGUCUUGACUCUCGUGUGCGAGAAAUAGUCAACAGGAACUUGCUGAAUCCAUGCCCUCUUAUGUUUGAGGAUGCUCAGCUACAGAUAUACAGCCUAAUGCACAGGGACUCCUUCCCCAGGUUCUUGAACUCUGAGAUGUACAAGUCACUAAUUGAAAAGCCUAAGACUUCCCCUGACACCAGCCCUGAUGCUGAAAGCUAAGCUCGGACCUCCUGAAAGCACAAGGGAAAGGAACAGUGGCACUUGGAAACAGUUGUACACUCACACCUGUAUUGCACACUCCUAUAUUUGCACAACUUCCAUCACAUACAUGAUAACAUGCUUACAGAUACAAACAUUAGAUGUGUACAUUUAUAUAGUCACAUUAACAUGAGAGCAAAUAUACACAGUUAUACACGUAGACACAUGCAUAGUUAUUCAACAACAUACCUGCAUGCAUUCAUGAAAGCACAUUUACUCCGGCAUAUAAGUAUACAUUCCCAAACAUUUACACCUACAGUUGCUGACACCUUGUAUUAAGACAUUAUCCACUUGUGUACACAUACCAAUACAUGCACGCAUACCAAUACAUGCACACAUACAUACACAGACACACAUACACAGACACACACACGUGCAGAAAUAAUAAUGAUUAAAGCAGUGUAAAGCUCUGUAGCUUGCUUGCUGGAGAUCCCUGUUUAGCUUUACUCAGGCUGUGGUGACUAACUGAAUAUGGAGUUCACCUUUAAAAGAAAUAUAUACAUAUAAAAUGAUCGGAAUAAAGGUUUUGCUCACUGCCUCGGUUACAAAAACAAACAAAAGCCAAGAAUGUUUGUUCAUGUUUUUUUAAGAAAAGAUGUUUUGCUAUUUGCUGAGACUGGAUUCUUGUUCCCUUUAGCAACAACAUGCCAAGUUGGUCACUGGUAGAAUAGGUGACAAGAUGCCUGCAAUAUCCCCAAACAUUGAUCGGAGCGAGUGAACACUGCCAUGGUGGGGAGUUGGGAGGGGUGUAUGGGGGUAGGGAGGGGGGUAGCAAGUGGCCCCAAAGAACAUUUGCCUGCUCAGAGUGCAGAAGAUGUAGCACUGUGACACUGUCUCCUGAGGCAGCUACAGGCAAGAUUAGAAAUGUUAGUCUCUCUUUCCUUACAGCAGGAUACUGAUGGCAGGAUUUCAUAAAAUUUAAUAAGCACAAAAAAUUAAAGGGUACAACUUUAUUAUGGAGAACGAGAUUCAAGUUUCCAGUGUCAGUAAUUCUGAUCAUUUUGAGAGAUAGAGAACCAUAUUUAUUUAUCUUGAUAGAGACUGCAAUUAUUUUAUAUGUGUGUGCAUGUGUGAGUAAAAGCUCUGGGAUCUCUGUUACAUUUUUUUUGUGGUCAGUGAAUGUUUCAUUCCUCUGAUUUAACUCUAUCUGUCUCCCUAACACGGCCAGAAAUCUGUUUUGUUUCAUUGUGAAACGUGACUUCGCUUGUGGCAGCUGACAGGUGUAGAUAGGGUGGGACUUGUAGCUUCAGGUCCUCAGAAACUAUAGCAGGGGUCUCCAAACCAAAGCAGAGUCUCCUGAUAAAGUGGGGCCAUAUCUUUAGCAAGAUCCAGUAAGGGCAGGGGGAGGUAGGUUAAGCUACACUGUGCAAUUUCAGUGAUUUAUAGUGAGCAUAAUUGGAAGGGAAAUUUGCCCAGUCUACACCAUUCUGCUCAGGAUAUGUGCUGCAUUAAAAUCCUACCCAUAUUUAAAAUGGGUCGUUGAGAGAUGCCACAGGGUGAUGUAUUAAAUUGCUAGCUGAGGUUUCUAGGUGAAACUGUGUUUUUUGCUUGUUCAUUUCUUAAAAUUGUUGUAUGUAAUUUUCACACUUUAUAAUUAAAAAAUACAGUUCAUAUAUAUAUCUUUAUGUCCUUGGAAAGAUAGGGCAGAGGAGAGUUUUCACAGCACAUGUGACACUCUCUCAGAAGGAAUCUCCUUAUUUAGUCUUGACCUGUGGUCCAGUGUUAGCAGACUGGGAAGGGUCAACUAAUGUGAAGGUUGAAAAUUUGAACCUGAGAACUCGUGCAAUUAAGCAUAUCUAUGGUACAGCAAUAAGUGACCCCCAAAGCUAUCAGUUUUACAUAUAUUUUAUAAGAAAGAAACAAGUCCAACUGAUCAUUGCUGAAUGGGGAUAUUUAUCAAAUUCCUCUCAUUUGACCUGGUCUACACUAGAUAGUUGACUAUUAACAAGGGAUGAAGUAUAAAUACAAACUGAGUGGUGUCUCCCAAGGAUGAUUAUUUUGUUUCACAAAGGGGAUCUAUUUAAGGAUUCAAUUUGAGUUUCUUGUGCCUGAACUACAUUAUAUCUGGCAUAUUAAUCCUUGUGAGGCAUGACAUUGGUUGACAUGUCUGAAAGAACUUCAAUUACAACACAACAUUAACAAUUCAAAUAAAUAGAGUAGUCCUGGAUUAGAUUGUAGGCCUGGACAGAGGAGAAGCAAAUUCCAGUCCGACAGGUCAGUGUUGGUUCACUCGUCUAUUUGAAGCUGCAGCAAGAUGGGCAAUCCCAAUUAGAGUCUGCUCCACCACCCUUUCUGAUCAGUAUCCAGUGGUGCUUUCUGGUAGUGUGUGUCUAACAACAGACAGUGUGGUCAAACUUUGUCCUGGUCACUCUGAGCCGAGCUUCUGUGCUCUUUAAUAGCCCAAUUGGCCUUCACAGCCAAAGGUCACACACACAGAGUAAUUGGCUGCUUAGACGACACACCGAGGCAAUCUUGUGGUUGGAAAAACUGUGCUACAAUGGGAGACCACCACAAUCCCACUCCCCUUCCAACUGAAGGGGCAGGAGAACAAACUGGUAAGGAGCAAACACAAAUCUAUAAUAAAAUGAGAAAACACCAGAUAUAUACAUCAGACCUAAACCUUUCAAAGCAUAAAAGACGGGAGUAUAGAAUUUAUUGGAUAAAGUGACUUUGUGCAAUCACUGAGGAAAGAGAUUCCAUUAAGAGAUUGAUAUCAUGAUUGUUAAAAUAACACACUUAAAUUUUUGUUGUCCGUGUUGUGAAGUCAUGGGGCAUUUUGAAUAGGUCCAAUAAGGAGGAAAGCAGGUUUAGACAAGGGAAACUAUGUUUACAGAGAUUGAGUUGAAAGGUUCCCUCUGUCCAUAAAGAGGGGACAAAAAAACUUUCCCCUUCCCCAACAAAUUAAUUUGCAAUCAUUAUUUAAUCUCCAUGAUUUUUACUGCAAAACCAUUCAUCGAAUGUCCUAAUCAACAUUUGCUAUUUUCAAUAAUAUCAGGCAUAGCAAGGAUUAAUUUUGUCAAAAAAAACAGUGAAUAAUACCUUUUUGUGCAUCAUUUUAAAACUAUAUUUAAUCACUUAAAACACAUAGAGUUACCCACUUGCAUUAAAAUAGCCCUCGAGGAAUUUCACACAAUCUGAUAACAACAUUGCACGAUCAAAGGACAUUUUUUUUGUAUUUAUUUUGAAUGUUAAACAUCAAAUACUAACAAAAUCAUUGGAGUGUGUGGGGGAAGUCAGUAUACUCUGCAACAAAGCUGGAUGACAUGGGAACACUAUAAGGAUAUAGCUGAAAAACAUUGAGAGUGUGGUGCUGGAAAAGC